GGGUUAUGUUUUCAGGGGGUCAUAUCAAGAUCUAUAGCUGAUGUUACUCACUCACUCAUCUCACUCUGAAACUGAGUCAAUUUGUUUGUCGUGAACCUGACUUUUGUAGUGCGAAUCUGACUGGGUUUUACCGGUUUUUCUGGAGUUCUUGUUCGAAAUUUCAGAUAAAAAAAAUCCAUUUUCCGCAAGGUUCGCCAUUUGCGAAAAUUAUGAGUAAAUUUUUCAACGUGUUGUUGCUGAUACGAAUAUUCUGAGAUCUCACCGAUCAUGUGUGAAAUUUUUGCCAUUCGUAGACGGAAUUUGCGUUUCCGAUAACAUUCGAAAAUCGGAACAUCUCUCGAGAACCCGAAUUCGAUCCAUAAUUCAAAGAGUCUCUAAAGUGUCCAUAUUGGUGAUAACAUAUUUGUAUAAUUUUAUCGACAAUUUGAAAAAUAGCGACCAUCGCGGAAAAUUGAUGUUCACAUGUAGUGAAUAUCAGAAAAUCUGCGAAAAAUCUGCAAAAAUCCCACCUAUCAUAGGUAUAAGCGACCCCCAAAAUACGUCUCGGAGAAAAGAUUUCUCGAGACUUUCUCUAGAAUUGGAAAAAAUGGUGUACUUAGUGUCGUGUCGAGAUUUCGGGAAAGAUGAUUUCAAACAAUUGGGUGCUCCAAAAGAAUUUCUUUGAGAAAUGAAAUCGGUACAAUUUGUGUUGAAAAGUCGAACUGAAGACAAGCAAUUUUACGUGACAUCAUAGUCCGAUACCUAUGACAUGGCCCCCUCAGAACUUGUAACUUCCAAAUUCAGGCCGAGUCACGGUUAGAGGAAAUAAAUAAAAGGAAACACAAAUUCUGUCAACAAUCGUGUCAACUUCGGCUCAUGAUCUAGAAAGUAUCCAGAAUUUUGUCUCGGCGAGAAAAUUGUGCCAGAAUUUUUUUUUUUUGACAAUGACAUACCUCGCAAAAAUUGGAUUUCGUGAUUUGAAUUAUGAUGAACAUCUUCACAACAAUGGAAAAAUAGAGUAAAAAGUGCAUCAGCAAUACAGUACAUAAUCCAUGCAUGGGUUUACGGUGUACAAAUAAACGUAGUAUCAAAUUUUGCAUGCAAUAGAGUGGCUUUUUACAAGAAUCUGCGGUACAACCCGGGUGUUCAGAAGACUCUGAACAUUUUUUGUCAGCUCUCUUGGGAUCGGCCAUAGUGAGAAACGAAGAUGGGUUGAAACCAAAAUGGACCGGGAGGCCGUUGAAUUAGGGGGCAUGGGUUCAAGAUUUUACUAAUUUUGCUGAGAAUGAAAACGCGGGAGAUGUUUUAAAUCCUAUCAAAAAAAAAUUCAAAAAAUUAUGAAAUAAUGAAAACGUUUUCGAAAUAAUAGGAUUAGCUAUAACAGGGUGUCCAGUUAUCAUGGAAUUUCUGGAAUCAUGGAAAUAUCAUGGAAUUUGACAUACUCUUGAAAAAACCUGGAAAUAUCAUGGAAUUUCAUACCGGUUCUGGAAUUUUUCAAAUAAUCUUAAAUCUCUCGCGAAUUUUUCUUCGAGAUGUCAGCGUUAGUGCGUGAGUUUAGAACUUGGCGUAACUCGGAAUUGUUCGGAAAUACUCGGAAGCCUUCGGCUAUCGCGCCUGUAUCCAGCUCGUGACUGACUUCACUUUGUUUUGCUACGUGAUAAAUAUUGCGGCAUCAACUGUGUGUCUGUGAGCAAUUUCGCGAUGUGAACUCUACAAUAAGUGUGAGGUCUCACCUAAAUUCGAUCAAAAAAGAGUGUCAUCAUUUCCGAUUUUCGAAAAUGCCGAAAGUAAAUAAGUGCUCCUUCAACAAACUUUGGAUACUUGACGAUGCUCUGUCAUGGGUGAGACCAGUGUCAACUGAUCCGUAUUCUGCAUUUUGCACUUUGUGCAAGGUACCAAUCUUCCUCAGCAAUAUGGGGGAGAGUGCUUUAACUAGCCAUAAAGAUGGAAAGAAGCAUAAAGCGAUGGCAAUUAACCAAAAGACGACCCUUCCCAUUUAUACUGCUCUGAAAAUCUCUAACAAUGGAUCAACCACUUCAAGUACAGAAGCUACAACUUCAAAGCAGUCCGACGAAAAUGAUCCUCCUACACCAAUUUUGGCAUUCUCAGCGCUGCGUUCACCAGAUUGUAUAACUCCUGCCAGUUCUCACAACAGCAUCAAUAGAUUUAGCAAUAAGUUAAAUUUGAAUACCUACCUUGUAAACGAUUCUGCAACGAAAGCAGAAAUUCUGUGGUGCUUACACUCGGUAAUGCGCCACAGUUCUUUGCGUGAUAUAGAAAGUGGCUUAUCGAUGGCUAAAGUUAUCUUUCCAGAUAGCGAAAUUGUGAAAAAAGUAAAACUCAGUAAAUCCAAAGCAUCGUACCUGAUUGUGUAUGGAUUAGGUCGGUAUUUUCAAGAUCAGUUGGAAAGUCUUGUUAAAAAAUGUGAUAUUUUAGUUGUAGGAUUUGAUGAGAGUUUAAAUAAGAUUAGUGAAAAAGAGCAAAUGGAUAUUGCAAUCCGAUUUUGGGAUGUCGAAAAGAAUGAAGUCUCUACCCGGUACCUGACUUCCUUAUUUUUGGGUCACACAACUGCUCAAGAUUUAAUGGAUGCGUUCACUAAUAAUUUACCCAAAGAUUUACUGAAAAAGAUACUACAAGUCUCCAUGGAUGGUCCAAACGUAAAUCUAAAAUUUGUCAAAGACCUUCAAAUCGAAUUGAAGGAGAUUUCUGGAAAUAAAAAGUUACUUGACUUGGGUACUUGUGGACUGCAUACAUUGCAUGGUGCGUUUAAAACAGGUAUCACCAGUACCCAAUGGAACCUCAUUCCAUUCUUACGAGCACUGUAUAAUCUGUUCAAAAAUGUGCCGGCGCGUAGAGCUGAUUAUAUCAGUGCAUCAGGUUCUACAUUAUUUCCAAAAAAGUUCUGUGCCAUCAGAUGGUUGGAGAAUAUUCCUGUCGUUGAACGAGCUCGUGCUAUUUUACCGCAUGUACGAAAGUAUAUCGAAAAGUGUAAUAAAGAUAAAAAAGUUCCGAAGUGCAAUAGUUAUCAAAUCGUUACAGAUUCAUUGGGGGACAAAUUAUUAGAUGUAAAAUUGGCCUUCUUUCAAUCUUUUGCCAGUGAGAUCGAACCUUUUUUGAGAGAGUUUCAAUCCAAUGAUCCGCUUGCUCCGUUUUUGUACAAUGCUGUUGCGUCUGUAUUAAUGACAACUAUGUCCAGAUUUGUAAAGCCAGAAGUUUUAAAAGCAUACAGUCUAACGAAAAUUGAUCUAGAAAAAGCUGAUAACCUCCUGUUUGCAAAAGACAUAAAUCUUGGAUAUACGACGAAUGAUGCCUUCCGCCAUACGAAACUUGUCAAGCCUGUUGAUAUUUCGCGAUUUCGAGAGGAAUGUCGCAAAUGCCUUCGAAUAUUUGUCACCAAAAUUUUGCAAAAAUCACCACUGAAGUUUCCAAUAGUGAAGGCAAUCUCUUGUUUUAACCCAGCUAUAGCUAUUAAAAAUGAUUUAUCUUGCAAGCGAUUAUCCACAGCUUUGGAGAUCUUCGUGGAAAGUAAUUGGAUUUCAGGCAUACAAGCGAACAAAAUCGAUCGAGAGUACAAACGAAUUAUUAGUUUACCAACAGUCCAAGAAAAGUUCAAACAGUUCAAGCGAACAGAACGUCUGGAUCAUUUCUGGAUGCGGUUGAUAGAGCUGCAUGGCACGGAAAGCUACACUAACUUGCGAGAUUUCACCAAAAAAGUGAUGAUUCUUUCGCACGGUAAUGCUGCUCUUGAAAGAGGGUUUUCCAUCAAUCGUGAAUGUUUGUUAGAAAAUCAGAAAGAGAAAUCUUUAAUUGGGCAAAGAGUAAUUCACGAUGCCAUAGUUGCCCAAGGUAAUGAUUUGGAAAAUUUGACUGUUACCAAAAGUAUGAUUCACGCAGCGCGUAAUGCACAUGCUUGGUAUUCAGAGGCAGUUUCAAAGGAAAAAAAAGAACGAGAAGAGGCAAAUAAGCUGCACAAUGAAAAAAAACGAACUGCAGCAGCAUUGAAAGAACUCGAAUCAAAAAAACGAAAAAUAUUUGACAAUGCUUGCAAAGAAGCUGCUCAAAUAAAAGAUGAAAUGGCACAAUUGCAGCGUCGUUAAAUAAUAUGCCUCCCCUUGUUUUAAUCGUACUGUAAAACUUUAGAUACCUAAACCUAGAGUACAAAUGACAAAUGUUUAUGGAGUUCCCAUUAUCAUUUUACGAAAUGUAAUAUUCGUAAAGUACUGAGCUCUGCUUUGAAUUUAAACUUAUGUAUCAACGCUAUGAUUUGGAUUGAUGUAACUAGAUUAACGAUGCUAUAAUUUUCAAAAGAUUGCUAUAAACUUUUCAUCGUAAUUUUAAGUAUUUAGUUUGAAAUCGUAAAUCAAAAGUUCCAGUAACAAAUGUUUUUUUAAGUUCCUAUUUGCAUUUAAGUAAUGUAAAAUUCUAAACGUAUACUGAGCUGUACUCUAGUCAAAAAUAAACUAUAUUCUUGUUGAUAUUUCUGUUGUAUUUUCCUUCAUUGUCCACCAUAAUCGACCUGGAAAAAUCA